CAACAACAACAACAACAACAACAACAACAACAACAACAACAACAACAACAACAACAACAACAACAACAACAACCACAACAACAACAACAACAACAACAACAACAACAACAACAACAACAACAACAACAACAACAACAACAACAACAACAACAACAACAACAACAACAACAACAACAACAACAACAACAACAACAACAACAACAACAACAACAACAACAACAACAACAACAACAACAACAACAACAACAACAACAACAACAACAACACAACAACAACAACAAC